AUGUGCAUUAUAAUCUAUUUGCACCGAUUCUACAAUGAGGAAGCAGUACGGCGACUCAUCUGGGAAAAAAAUCUAAAAUUUGUGACGCUUCACAAUCUGGAACAUUCAAUGGGAAUGCAUUCAUACGAUCUGGGCAUGAACCACAUGGGAGACAUGACCAGUGAAGAAGUGAUGUCUUUGAUGAGUGCCCUGAGAGUUCCCAGCCAAUCGCGAAGGAAUGUCACUUACAAGUCAAACCCUAAUCAGAAAUUGCCUGAUUCUCUGGACUGGAGGGACAAGGGGUGUGUUACUGAUGUGAAAUACCAGGGUUCUUGUGGUGCUUGUUGGGCUUUCAGCGCUGUGGGGGCCCUGGAGGCCCAGCUGCAGCUGAAAACAGGAAAGCUGGUGUCUCUGAGUGCACAGAACCUGGUGGAUUGCUCAACUGAAGAAAAAUACGGGAAUAAAGGCUGCAAUGGCGGAUUCAUGACAGAAGCUUUCCAGUACAUCAUUGACAACAACGGCAUCGAUUCAGACAGUUCCUAUCCCUACAAAGCCAUGGAUGGAAAGUGCCAAUAUGACUCCAGAAAUCGAGCUGCCACAUGUUCAAAGUACACUGAACUUCCUUUUGGCAAUGAAGAUGCCUUGAAAGAAGCUGUGGCAACUAAAGGACCUGUGUCUGUCGCUAUAGAUGCUGGCCACCCUUCUUUCUUCCUCUACAGAAGUGGUAACAACUCAGAUAUAUGAUCCUCCUGUUAGGUGCUGCCCUUGCACUAUAAGAAAGAAUAUUCUCCUGCCCCAUCGUUCCACCUCUGGAUGCUUAGAUUAGGUUGAAUGGAACCCUCCAAUUUCAUAGGCGCAUUUUAUACGCCAGUUCUACUUAGUAAAGUAAUACACCCCAAAGCAGUUUACUCAGGCUACGUGCGUAGCACUAUGCCAAAUACUUUCCAUGCGUUGUCUCAUUUAAUCCUCACAAUAGCCCUGUUUUGCAGAUGAAAAAACUAAGUCUUAGACAGGUUAAUUUGUCUAAAGCCACACAGUUUGAAAGUGGUCAGCUGGGAUGGGACACUGGGCUAGUUGACUGCAGAGCCUGUUGGCAGCCAUGCACUGUGGGUGCAGCUCCGCCGUGUUCCUGGAGGGGACUCCCCUGGCGGUGCUGCAUUGUGUUAGACGAAGAAGACUAAAAUCUUUGUUUUUAAACCUCACUUUAACAAUCAUUUAAUCUAGCGAAGGCUGAAAAUGUAUGAAACAAACCAUUUAGGGAUAU